AUGUCCCGCUUCGAGCCCAUCUCCGCGCCCAGCGCCGCGGUCGAAGAGGGGGGUCAUGAGGACGCACCCACACCAUGCCCGCCUCCACAAGCAAAAGCCAAGACGUCGCCGCCGCCCUCGGGAGCGGACCGUCGCGGAUCGGACGCCGAUGGCAUCGAUCUGGAGAAGCAAGCGACCGUCGACGAGGGCAGACCCACCCUUGAGCACACCAUCUCCCAUGUCCCGACGCACGACAUCGCCCACGUCCCCACCACCCAAACCGGCGGCCCGCCCAUCAGCGACGAAAUCUACGACAGAUUCUCGUUGACCCGCAAAAAUAUCAUAACGGCUGUUCUCUCUUUCUGCGGAUUUCUGGCGCCCAUUUCCAGCACGACCGUGCUCGCAGCCAUCCCCGAAGUCGCCGAGACGUACGGUAGCAACGGUACCACGAUAAAUAUCAGCAAUGCUCUAUACAUGCUUUUUAUGGGAGUCUCCCCCAUGUUCUGGGGGCCCAUUGGCCAAGUGUACGGCAGAAGAUGGGCCUCUCUCGGCAGCGCAGCGCUCUUCACUGCCUUCUCCGUCGGCACCGCCCUGGCACCCAACCUCGCCUCCUUCUUCAUCUUCCGCAUCAUGACCGCCUUCCAAGGCACCUCCUUCCUGAUCAUCGGCUCCGCCUGCAUCGGCGACAUCUUCCGACCCACCGAACGCGGCACAGCCCUCUCCUGGUUCCUGUCGGGCACGCUGGUCGGGCCAGCCUUUGGGCCCUUCAUCGGCGGCAUCAUCGUGACGUUCCGGUCAUGGCGCGACAUCUUCUGGCUGCAGACGGCGCUGGGCGGCUUCGGCUGCGUGCUGAUCCUGUUCUUCCUGCCCGAGACGACGCACUACAAGCGGUCGGUCGAGUUCCAGGGCCUCAAAGCCGCGGACAAGGCGGCCAAGAUGUGGCAGUGGACGAAUCCGUUCCGCGUGCUCAGGCUGUACCAGUACCCGAAUCUCAUCACUGUCGGCCUCGCCUCCUCCUCCCUCGUCUGGAACAUGUACUCGCUCCUCACCCCCAUCCGCUACGUCCUCAACCCGCGCUUCCACCUGACGUCCCCCAUCCAAUCCGGCCUCUUCUACAUCGCGCCUGGGUGCGGCUACCUCUUCGGCACCUUCUUCGGCGGCCGCUGGGCCGACCACAUCGUGCACCGCUACAUCCGCAAGCGCAACGGCGAGCGCGUGCCCGAAGACCGGCUGAACUCCUGCCUACCCUUUCUCGGCGGCGUGAUACCCGCGUGCAUGCUCGUCUACGGAUGGAGCAUCGAGAUGGAGAAGGGCGGGAUACCGCUGCCGGUUAUUGUGAUGUUCCUGCAGGGCGUCGCGCAGCUGUUCUGCUUUCCGAGCCUGAACACGUAUUGUCUGGACGUCAUGCAGGCGCAGAGCGCGGAGGUGGUGGCCGGGAACUAUGUGAUUAGGUACGUGUUUGCGGCGCUGGGGAGCGCGCUGUGUUUGCCGGCGAUCGAGGUGAUUGGCGUGGGGUGGUUUUCGACCAUCUCGGCGGGCUUCCUGGUCGCGGCGAUGCUGUUGACGUGGUUGACGACGAUUUAUGGGCGGCAGUGGCGGGACGACGUGGAUGCGAAGAAGAAGGCGAGGAAGGUGGAGGGGAGGGAGAGGAGGGAGGAGCGGAAGCGCGCUGAGGCGGCGGCGUGA